AUGACAGAAAUAAUUUCCAAUGCUUCAAAUGGUUCCUCUUCUCAAAACCCAACUUUACCCACAGAAGUAGCAUCAUCAUCAACUAUUAAACCAACUUUACGUCGUAAUCCUUUUGCAUUACAAGAGUAUUUACAGUCUUUAUUACGAAAUCAUAAAGAUGAUUUAGACUUAUUAGUGAAAUUACCAGCUGGUCAAAGUGAAGAAGCGUGGCAAUAUGAACAUCUAAGACAAUUAUGCCUUGAACUUAAUUAUUUGGUAGUACAACUUGAACCAGAAUGUAAUAAGCAAACAUGCCCUGAAAUGAAAGCAGACGAAUGGAUGUAUAGAUGUGCUGCUCAUUUAGCACCAAUGAAUUGUUGUGCAAUUGAUUAUAUUGUUCAUACAUUGGAUGGAGCUACAAAUUUAUUGAAUAGUCAUAAAUCUUUUCCUAGCAGAUUGUCAAUUCCAGAUACUUCAGUAAAACAUUAUCAGUCUAUUGCUAGAAGAUUAUACAGAAUAUUUGCACAUGCAUGGUUUCAUCAUAGAGAAAUAUUUAAAGAAUUUGAGUUGGAGAAAGAAAAAGAUAACUUGUUCAUAACUUCUUAUACUAGCAUACUUCCCCCUUAA